AUGGCUGUCGCUCCCACUCUCCUGGGACGAAGCUCUGCAUCUAAGCCCAAUUCGACUCUCCUCUCCUCUUCCACUCGUGGUGCCCUUGCAGACUUGGACCCUGCGGAACGGGCCAUUCUGAUUGCUUGGAUGCGCUGGAGAAGUGUUUCGAGCGAGGAAAACCAACCCCGCGGGGAAACCCCAUGGGUAAUUUCGACGGAGGAAUCCCUCCCUCAGGCCCAGUCAUGGGGCUCUCAGACGGGGAUCUUACCCGGCAUGUGCCUACGAUUCAAUGGUGUAGUCAAACCUGAUGUUGCACUAAUACGCAUCCCUCAACAUUCUCCAUCGGGGGCGUUGAAACAGGAGGAGCUGCAUCCAAGCUUUCCUUCAGUUCCCAGACGGCUCCUUUAG